UACCAACAAAAGUAUUGCCAUCCAAAGUGAUGUAAAUUGGACGCUCAAUACACAUUCAAAAUAAAUCUAUGUUGCAAGCAAUCGAGAUGAGGUGGUCAUUGAUGCUAAUGACGCUGGUGACUCUGAUAUGUGUCCUAGCAACCUCGAAAGCAGCGAAUUCCGGAUUUAAAGCCCGGAUUACCAAAUCAGGCCUCGAUUAUGCUUAUGACGUAGCAGUGAACGCUAUCACCAAGAUGGCCAGCACCAUCACACUUCCGGACAUCAGUGGCGUGAUUAGCGGUUUCAGUUAUUCGGUCAACAACAUUCGUGUGACGUCAUUUACCCCACCAGCUAGCGUCAUUGGACUGGUACCCGACCAGGGCUUGCAAUGGACAGCGAGUGGAGUCGGGGUACAGAUAGAAGCAUCAUUCACAUACAAGGCACUUUUUAUCGGAGGGGAUGGAAGUGUCUCUGCCAAUAUUUCCGGUGUCGGCUUCGAUUUGUCCAUUGAAUUGGGGGUUGACGCUACCGGUCGCCCCAGCAUCUCCACCCGGAAGUGCGUCAGUAGCGUCGGUGAUGUGGACAUCCAGUUUGACGGCAGCAUCCUCGCGUGGUUGCUCAACCUCCUCAAGGGUUUCAUCGAGGACGACAUCCGGGACAUUCUGCCUACCAAGGUUAAGCAACACUAUUAUGUUGUUACUGUGGCGUUUGACAAGUUCCUCCUCGACUACAGUAUGCUUCAGGCACCAUUGUUUUCGGCGGCAUAA